AUGACCGGUCUUAACGACGAGUAUUUGGAGAACGAGGGGUUGCUGACCAAGCUAAAAGACCUGUGUGCGGCCAAGGGACUCAAUUACAACGAGUUGAUUGCCCAAGAGGCUCCGAACGUGGAUUACAACCUGCCGCAGGACGACAGAGAAAUACACCGUUUGGAGGAACAAAGAAACGCUCUUUUGUCGCGAUUACAAAAGGAGGAGUUUUUUUCCAAAAAGUACGAGGACAUCUUGCAGAAACACCAGGAAUUGGUGUCUUUACUUGGGUCAAACAUAGAAAACAAGGCCAAUUUCGACGCGGAGUAUUCACAGGUCUAUAAAAGUUUAGUUGAUGGGAAACUAGCGCAGUACGAUUCCAACUUGAGUUUCCUGGAUCAACAACUCAUUCGCUCAAAAUUACAGUACCAAUCGACGCUCGAGAAGCUGAGAUCGCAAACAGAGGCUCUCAACAAACAGCUAGACUGA